CUCACCCUUCGGGAAGUGGCGAGGCAUGGGCUGGAGAGCUGGGGGUGGCAGGUGCUGCUGCCCGGUCUCCCGGCUGAACGAGGACAACGCGCGCUUCGCCUUGCUCGCCCUCUUCAUCCUGUGCUACCUGGUGCUGGGCGCGGCCGUGUUCUCGGCCAUCGAGCGGCCGCGGGAGCUGCGGGCUCAGCGGGCGUGGAGCCGGAGGCUGGCCAACUUCAGCCGGAGUCACAACGUCAGCCGGGGGCAGCUCGCCGCCUUGCUCCGGGAGUACGAGAAAGCGUACGGCGCCGGCGUCAGGGUGGACCCGCUUAGACCCAGAUGGGACUUCACGGGAGCGUUCUACUUCGUGGGGACCGUGGUCUCCACUAUAGGCUUUGGGAUGACCACACCGGCGACCGCCGGUGGCAGAGCCUUCCUGAUCUUCUACGGCUUGGCAGGCUGUGCUGCCACCAUCCUGUUCUUCAACCUCUUCCUGGAGCGGAUUAUCACGCUGCUGGCGUUCGUCCUGCGCUGGUUCCACCAGCGGGGGCUGCAGCGGGGCGGCGAGGAGGGCUCGGCUGCCCGCCGGGGGUCCUUCCACUCGGGGGAGGUCGACAGCCUGGACGGCUGGAAGCCGUCCGUGUACUACGUCGUGCUGAUCCUGGGCCUGGCCUCGCUGGUGAUCUGCUGCUGUGCCUCGGCCAUCUACUCACCCAUGGAGGGGUGGACGUACGCCGAGUCCUUCUACUUCUGCUUCGUGGCGUUUAGCACCAUCGGGUUCGGGGACCUGGUGAGCAGCCAACGGCAGGCCUACCCCAACCAGACGUUGUACCGCGUGGCCAAUUUCCUGCUCAUCCUGGUGGGCGUCUGUUGCAUCUACUCCCUGUUUAACGUCUCCUCCAUUAUCAUUAAGCAGUUCCUCAACUGGCUGCUGAGGAAGAUGGAAUGCCGGUGCUGUCGGCGCCGGAGGCAGCCGCGGACCCACUGUAACGCGGUGCACCCCUUGGCUUCCAAGUCCAGGAAGCAGGACGUCUCGGUGGAGACGGUGUGCGACAGUGAGACCGAAGGGCGGCGGAUGUCGGGCGAGAUGAUCUCCGUCAAGGACUUCCUGGCCUCCAACAAGGUCUCCUUGGCCGUCAUGCAGAAGCAGCUGUCCGAGACGGCCAACGGGGGACCCAGGCAAAGCCACUCUCGGAGCAAUGGUCUUUCUGGAGGUGUUGGGGCCUUAGCUAUCAUGAACAAUAGGCUAGUGGAAACGAGCGUGGACAGGUAAUCUUCUUGGUCAGGAAGACGUCAGUGGUGGCAAUGCAACUGAGCUCAGUAUCAUAGCUGAAGGAGAGAUUCCCACCCCCUCGUUAUCUAGAAUGAGGAGUUACCUGCAUCUUAAGAGGAGGGAACAAGGAUAGGGCACCACCAUGAUGGGGUAAGAGUGGCUCUCGUUCUCAGCUGGUUGGCUUCGGGCUUGUGCGAUAGUGGCGACGGGGUAUCUGGACUUGCCUUGGCCCGAGAUCCGGCUCCUUCAUGUGGCGGAGAGCAGCAAGGUGGGCUUCAUCUUACGUCCCUCCCGAGUGGCAACACUCAGAGGCCCGCAGUGAGUAGGAGCAGCAGAGGGGGCUGGUACCUCUAGAAGGGGAAGGUAGAUACCAGGUUCAAAUAUUCAACUGAGUAAAAUUUUUAGAGUGUGCUGGCUAUGUGGAACAAGCUGCCAGAGGAGUUGGUAGUGUUGGGUAUGACCUCUAGGUUUAAAGGACAUUUGGACAAGUAGGAAAGGUUUAGAGAUGUGUGGGCUAAAUGUAGGCAACAUGGUUGGCAUGGACUAGAUGGGCCAAAAGGCCUGAUUCCUUACUGCAUAGCUCUAUCAUUCCAUUAAUGUCCUAAAAUACCCUGAGGCUCAUGGCAAGAACUUCAUCAAGAAAAGCUGAUACCUGGGCACUUUAAGGGCAAAUGAUCAGAAGCUCAAUCAAUGUAUGAGACUUUGAGGAGCAACAUAGACAAGGAAAGAGAGAUCCACUUUGGAGAGGGGUUUCCAGCACCUGGAUAAUGGAGGAAUAGGCAUCAGUGUGAUCAAGGGGUUGGAGAUGGAAGAGCGUA